AUGGUUCAGAGGAACAAGGCGCACAAGGCCAGCGGCAAGCUCGGGAAGCGGGCGCGGAAACAGCACAAAGCGGUCGCCGGAGGAAUCCGGCGACCUCCGGUCAAGGGUGCAACAGGGCCUGGCAGCAAGCAGAAGCGAAGGCAGGCUGUGAAGCUGCGCCGGCGACUGCAAAGACGGUCUGAGCUGAGACUGAAGCGCCAACCUAAGCCACCUCUACUGGUCUCCAUCCUUCCACUUUCGCAGGCUGUGGAUGUUAGCCACCUAUAUGCCACACUUGUUGGCACCUGUGAAGGUAGCAAGCCAGAUGAGCGAAACUACGCAAACCCACAAGAUAUGGAGGGAUUGAUAGGCCCCGCCGCCUCCACCACAUCCCAGACAUUUUGCACUCUACAGCCUCCAGGGAACAAACACACCAAAUGGAUGCUCCUGCCACCCUUAAAGAGCCAUCAGAAUCCUCUGGAAAUCGUUGACUUGGUGGCAGCUGCAGAGCUGGUGCUGCUUGUUUUCGAUGACAAUCCAGGCCAACGUGCAAUCGAUGAGGAGGGAGCAAGAGCACUCCAGGUGUUGGGGGCGAUCGGCAUGCCUUCCACUGCAGUUGUUUUGCAGGGCACCAUGGGCAAAGGACAGAAGAACGUGUCAGAAGCAAAGAAAAGAGCAGCGGAGGCACUGGCAGAGCAUCUGAGCACAGAGUUGAAGAUUUUCCCUGUGGAUGAUGCCAAGGGCUGUGCAGCAAUGCUCCACCAUCUACAACCUGUUCAGUUCAGCUUGCCAGCAUGGAGGAGGCAACGGCCAUGCCUAAUGAUUGAGCAUGCUGAAUUCGUCCAGGGCGAUGCUCUCCCCACUUCUGGCACGCUAAUGCUGACAGGUCAUGUUCGCAGCAAGGUGUUGUCUGCCAACCAACUAGUUACCAUACCCGGCAUCGGGGAUUACCAGAUCAAGUGCAUAUCCCCUGCAGGCAGGGGCUCUUUCCAAACACCUGACGAGAUGGAGAUAGGGGAUCAAAUUCUGGCAAAGCCCAUACCAGAGGACCAACAGCCACUGAUCAAAUUGAAUGAUCAACCUGUGUGUGAGGACAUUCCUGAUGAGGACACAAUGGCUGAAAACACAAUAACUCAAGUGAGGCGGUUGCCGAAAGGCACAUCUGCCUAUCAAGCGGCCUGGAUAUUGGACCAAGAAGACACAGCACAGGAAGAGUCGCAAACCGAUGAUGAGCCAAACAGCAACCAGCCUGUUGAUGGUGACAUGGCUCUGGACGAUGCCGAGGACGUUGCCGACGACCUUCAGAGCAUUGGCAGCUUGGGUCGGAAAGACAGCGACGCUGAGGACGUGGACUGGGACAGCUACUGUGGCAUGGAUGAGGGGACUUCAGAUCCAAGAGAGGCAGAACAAGAGGAUGCCGAGUAUCCCGAUGAGGUGGAAGUACCUGAAGGCGUUGAUGCCCGGGUCAGGUUUGAGGAAUACCGUGGCCUCAAGAGCUUCCGAACCACCCCUUGGGAUCCCCAGGAGGGCCUGCCUCCUGAAUACUCCCGCCUGUUCGCCUUUCAGAACUUCAGGGGCACCGCCAAAGUUGCCAAGGCUGAGGCGGACGCCAGCGACGUCCCUGGUGUCAGCAUCCCUCCUGGCGAUUUUGUGUGCGUUCAUCUGCAGGAUGUCGAGGCGGCGGAUGCUGCGAAACUGGUGUCCCGUGUACAAGCGUCGAAACAGGGCGAGGCGCCACCAGCGGUGGCCCACGGCCUCCUGCGCCACGAAUCCAAAAUGUCAGUGGUGAACUUCAGGCUCACGAAGACGGCCACCUACACGGCGCCCAUCCACGACGGGGAGGACCUCCUGGUGGUCACGGGCCUUAGGGCCUACCCCGCCCGGCCCCUCAUCUCAACCGACGACCCCCGGUUCGACAAGCACAAACUCGAGCGGUUCCUGCACCCGGGGCGGUCCUGCGUGGCGUCCGUCUACGCGCCCAUCACCUACUCCCCCAUGCCCAUCCUCGCCUUCAAGUCCGACGGAAUCAGCCCUCCCAGGCUGGCGGCAACGGGGACGCUGCUGGGCUGCGACCCCGACAGGGUUGUGCUGCGCAAGGCGGUGCUGACGGGCAAGGCCACGCACGUGCAGAAGAAAACCGCCAUCGUCUCCGGAAUGUUCCGAAACCCGGAGGACGUGCGGUGGUUCAGGCCGGUGGAGCUGUGGACGAAGUACGGGCGGACGGGGUUCAUACGGGAGCCGGUGGGCACGCACGGGGCGAUGAAGUGCCUGUUUGAGGGCGCGCUCAGCCAGCGCGACACGGUGUGCAUGUCGCUGUACAAGAGAGUGUUUCCGCGCUGGCAGGAGUGA